UCGUUGCCUUGAAGCCGCACCGGAAGUGGGCAACCGUCUUGACUUGAAACGCCAUCCGAUGUCCCGAGUCGAAUCUGGUUGGUUUCGACAUAAAGACUCGGGUGGUAAAGAAAGUGAUUGUUGAGGGAAAUUAAUAUUUGUCGUAGUUGGUUCAACGUUGUGUGGUAGAGCGCGACUGGGCCGAGGAGUGUCGUUCGCCCGACAAUUUGACACUUUCGGGGCCUGCGGGAAGCAGCUAACGUAAAGCGGCUAACGUUGACGUAAAUACACUGACGUAAAGAAGCUAGCAUGUCGGCGGAAGAAGGUCCUCGGGUUGUGUUGUCGUGUGGAGGCUGGACGUCAUCGCUCUGAUCUCGGCGGAAGAAGCUCGAGUUCUGCGGCACUCUUACAUGGACGCUGGGCUGCCCAACCGUGCCAACAAUUGUCUCAUACUGUUGAACAGCGGCCGUUAGCUCCAGUUUACAGCACCCCGGCCAUGGCGGACAGCGUCGGACCGGAGUCCAUCGGCGACUCCCUCGCUUCUGGCGGCACCUCCGCCCUCAUGCUGGCCGACUCUCUGGCGGGCGGACAGCCGAGCGAGGGCGACCAGGUCGGGCUUGGUGCCGGCGGCUCGCCGGCGGACGGUCUGGCGGCGACGGCCACGGACUUCUGGAACGCGUUCGGCUUGAUUCCACCGGCGGUGUCCGCCAACGUGCACUCGCCGUCUCUCCCGCAGGGUGUCGGUCAGGCGGCGGGCGCAGGGGCAGGACCCGGGCCCCUCACGCAGGUCUACGCCGCCACCUGGGACCCGACCCGGAGCACCGACUGGGACAACGACAAGACUUCACAGCCUGCUAUUUUAAGAAUAAAGAGGGACAUCAUGUCCAUCUACAAGGAGCCUCCGCCGGGAAUGUUUGUGGUCCCUGAUCCUCAAGACAUGACCAAGAUUCACGCCUUGAUCACGGGGCCCUUUGACACGCCGUAUGAGGGCGGCUUCUUCCUCUUCUUGUUUCGAUGCCCCCCCGACUACCCCAUCCAUCCGCCACGCGUCAAGCUCAUCACCACCGGCCAGAACACGGUCCGCUUCAAUCCCAACUUCUACCGCAAUGGCAAAGUCUGCCUCAGCAUUCUGGGAACCUGGACGGGACCAGCAUGGAGUCCGGCUCAGAGUAUUUCCUCAGUCCUCAUUUCCAUCCAGUCUUUGAUGACGGAGAGACCGUACCACAAUGAACCGGGCUUUGAGCAGGAGCGCCACCCAGGGGACAGUAAGAACUACAACGAGUGUAUCCGCCAUGAGACCAUGAGGGUGGCUGUGUGUGACAUGCUGGAAGGCAAGGUUCCAUGUCCUGAAGCUCUCUGGAGUGUGAUGGAGAAGUCCUUCUUGGAAUAUUACGACUUCUACGAGGGCGUGUGCAAGGAGAGGCUGCAUCUACAAGGACAGAACAUGAAGGACCCGUUCGGAGAGAAGCGAGGUCGUUUCGACUACCAGCGCCUGCUGGCCCGCCUGGGCGUGGUCCACCGGCGAAUACGAGAGAAAUGCGUGAUGAGCGACGACAACGACUCGGACUCGGACACCAGGUCUUCGGAGACGGACCCGGACAGUCAGGGUAGUUCUCAGCCCUGAUGGAUGGCAGCCGAUCAAUACGUUAUUGAUUGAUGGAGGCACUGGUUGUCCGCAGAGCAGACAAGAACUUAAGAAGGACAUGUGGACUUGGACUAGAAGACGCAUGGAGGAUCAAUGGAUCAAAACAGUAGCACUCCCAGUUCUUCAUUCUAAUAUCAGAAUCAAUCAAUCAAUAUGAGCUGCUGAUUGACGAAGUUGAUCAUUCUUAUGAGAGUCUUAACGAUCAAUAAGAGGUAUAAUUACCAUAGUAGUCUGACUAAUCAAUAUGAUCAAUAAGAGGUAUAAUUACCAUAGUCCAGUCUGACUAAUCAAUAUGAUCAAUAUUACACAAAGUGAUCAACUUUAUUGACUCUUCAUCAAAACAAGUAGGACAUUACAAGUUGUCCUUGGCCCAAAAUCAAUCAAAUAAAUAAAUAGGACAUGUCAGAUCAUAAAUAGUUAGACCAAGUAUCAGUAUCAAUAUUUACCCUCAUAAGCAAUAAUGAACUGAGUCUUGUGCAGGUCUACAGUCUUUCUCAUGGUGUAGUCUUGUGCAGGUCUACAGUCUUUCUCAUGGCGUAGUCUUGUGCAGGUCUACAGUCUUUUUCACGGCGUAGUCUUGUGCAGGUCUACAGUCUUUUUCACGGCAUACUCUUGUGCAGGUCUACAGUCUGACAGUCUUUGGUCUUUUUCAUGGCAUAGUUUUGUGCAGGUCUACAGUCUGACAGUCUUUGGUUUUUAUCAAGGCAUAGUCUUGUGCAGAUCUACAGUCUGACAGUCUUUCUAAUGGUGUAGUCUUGUGCAGGUCUACAGUCCGACAGUCUUUCUAAUGGCGUAGUCUUGUGCAGGUCUAAAGUCUUUCUCACGGCGUAGUCUUGUGCAGGUCUACAGUCCGAAAGUCUUUCUCAUGGCGUAGUCUUGUGCAAGUCUACAGUCUUUGGUCUUUUUCGCUGCGUGUUCUUGUGCAGGUCUACAGUCUGACAGUCUUUGUCAUGGCGUAGUCUUGUGCAGGUCUACAGUCUGACAGUCUUUCUCAUGGUGUAGUCUUGUGCAAGUCUACAGUCUUUGGUAUUUUUCGUGGCAUAGUCUUGUGCAUGUCUACAGUCUUAGUCUUUCUCAUGGCGUAGUCUUGUGCAGGUCUACAGUCUUUGGUCUCUGUCAUAGUGUAGUCUUGUGCAGGUCUACAGUCUUUCUCAAGGCGUAGUCUUGUGCAGGUCUAGAGUCUGACAGUCUUUCUCACAGCGUAGUCUUGUGCAGGUCUACAGUCUGACAGUCUUUGUCAUGGCGUAGUCUUGUGCAGAUCUUCAAUCUGACAGUCCGUCAUGGCGUAGUCUUGUACAGGUCUACAGUCUUUCUCAUGACGUAGUCUUGUGCAGGUCUACAGUAUUUCUCAUGGCGUAGUCUUGUGCAGGUCUACAAUCUCUCCUGGUGGUCAAGCAUUGUACUUGUGUUGAAAUGACUUGUCUUCCUGAUAUUUAGCAGACAUGAAGAGUUGGGAGUGCUCCUGGUCUCUCCUAAUAAGUAGCAAAGAUGGCGGCGGGCAUUCUGGACUUAUGGUCUUCUUCAAAGGGAUCUUCAUGCUGCUUGGAUCAACUUCUCAAUAAUCAUCUAGUCUGGUCAGUAAGUCCAGUUGUGGAGACAAAUGUCUUCUCAUGCAAACCAGUUCAAGAAAAAGAUUUGAAAUUGACAAAAAUAUUUUCAAACAAAAACGUUUUGGUUUCAAAUCUGUUUCAGGUGUGUUUGAUUGUUUAUGACUCAAUGAAAUGUUUGAUUACAUUUUGAUGGGGGCGGGACUUAAAAAUUAAGACAUAAUAUUCAACAAUAAAAAUUAUCUUAGACCACA